GUGUAUGUGGGCAGAGCUGGAUUCUAAUGAUUAAUCCAAGAACGCCAUUACCAGAGCUCAGAAAGGUGAAAACUAAAGUGAGCAAGGGGAUACAGGAAGCCAAUAGAAACCAGACACCUUGUGAGAUACGAAAACAGGAUCAUGGACGUGUUAUGAUGUGAGAAGCUAGGUAACGCAUGUGGAAACAAAGAAUGUGAAUCCAUGUAUUAAUGCCACAAGGACUAAACAGUACAAACAUUCGGAACAGGAUACCAACUUCAACAUGUACAGUCAAAAACGAUACGACAGCCCCCCAGACUACAGCCCACCAACUUACAUUCAACAGAAUAGCCAUGGUCCUGGAUCAUAUGCUUACCAAGUGAACUCUGGCCAUCCAGGCUCUUUCUAUAUGGAAGACGUGCCACCACAACAUUUUUACAAGUGGAAGUCUCCUCCUGGCAUUGUCCGGAUUUUACAAGCCAUUGUUGUUUUUCUGUGUUUGGCUAUCUUUGCCUGUGUGGCCUCAACAUUGGCAUGGGAAUACAAUUAUGGAGGGCUUGGCUACAUGAGCGGAAUGGGUGGAUACUCAGGUUAUGGCUAUGGGACUGGCUAUGGCUAUGGGACUGGCUAUGGCUAUGGCUAUGGGAUGACCAAUCCUCAAGCUGCAAGUGGCUUUAUGAUGGCCAUGAGCAUUUUAACCUUCAUAUCCAUGCUAGGAAUCUUCAUUGCAAGUGUAACUAAAGCCAGUGGAUCACGAUCCCGUAAAUUCUUUUUAGCUGUAGUAGUUCUGAGUGCUAUUUUUGCUAUAUUGGACCUUAUCGCCUCCAUUGUCUAUAUUGUUGGAGUGAAUCCAAGAGCACAAAUGGGUGGCAGCCUGUACUACAGUCAAAUGUUGGCAAUGUGCAACCAGAUGUACAGUCCAGUGUCAUCUGGAGCAGGCUUUGUAAAUCAGUAUAUGUAUCAUUACUGCAUGGUGGAUCCACAGGAGGCCAUUGCUAUAGUCUGUGGUUUUAUUGUAGUCAUCCUUCUGUGUGUCAUAUCCUUUUUUGCCCAGAAGACAAGAAGCAAGAUCUGGCGCUAUGGAGAGCCCAACAUUUACUGGGAUAAGCCUUUUGAGGCAUAUCAAGAGGGUCCAAAUGUUGAGGAGUGGGUAAAAAGUGUUCCAGGUGGUCCUCCUGAUGAAACUGCUACCAUUAUUUACUCAGAAAAAUCACAAAGUCCUGUGAAGGCACUAAGUAAUAACAGCAUGUACAAACCAACCAGAGAAGAAUAUGAACAAAGAGUGAAUAGUCCCCUUACCAGCAGCCCACCUGAAUCAGUUAGAGAGACCCCGGAGCAGAGCAGGCGACGGCCUCCACUACGCAGGGGGCGACGAUGGAGAAAAAACCCAGAGCUGGAUGAAUCUCAGUAUGAAACAGAUUACACUACGGCAGUUGAAUCUGGAGAUGAAGAAGAUCUGGAGGAUUGGGACAGCUUGUACCCACCAAUCACUUCAGACUCCCAACGCCAGGAUUAUAAGCGAGAGUUUGAUUCUGACCUGAAACGAUACAAGAAAAUGUGUGCAGAAAUGGAUGAUAUCAACACCCAGCUCCAGCAACUGAACAAGCAACUGGAUGGACUGACCGAUGGCACCACCCAGUACCAGGGAGUGGCAGAAGAAUACAACAGACUGAAGGAUAUUAAAGGAACUCCUGAUUACCAAACAAAGAAGACUGAAACUAAACAACUUAGGAACAAACUGUUCCAUAUCAAAAGGAUGGUGCGUGAUUAUGACAAAGGAAGAGGUUGAUAAAAAGAACAAAGAUGCAAUAUCAAAAACAUCCACUAGAGGGCAACCCACACUGACAGUUAGUAUAAUAAACGUAGAAGACAACUGAAUUUAAAUGAAAUGCCUAUGUGGAAUGUUACUGCAGCUUUAAGGGUUUUGGCUUUUAAGGAAAUUUUUACAAAAAAAAUGUGGACCAACAGGAGACUGUGCAGAUUUCAUCCCAUUUAACAGUUCAAAGGACAAUCGUCCUCCAUCUCAAAAAAGUACUUUAACAUGCAUUUUGCAAUACCAUAUGUUAAGGCUAAAAAUUGGCUCCUCAUAACCUGAAAUCUUAUGGUCCAUUUCUGAAACUCCUUUUCUUGCUACAGGAGUGCCCUGGCUUAUGAAUGUUUUACACUUUUAUUACUUUUUCAUUUAUUAUGUACAUGUAAAUACAUUUAAAAAAAAAACUAAAACUUUUUAUGCAAAAUUUGAUGCACUUAUAUAUUUACAAGCUGUAUCCUUUCUGUACCUCUCCGAGGUUCUAAAAUGUUAGGAAGUAUGGGAUAAAAACAUUUUUUAUUGUGUUACUUACUCCAUAUUGGAUCCCAUCACCUUUAUUAAAUAGAUCAAUUGAUAAGUAUAGUUUUAGUUCUUGCAAUGGCUUUUUUAUGUAACUAUGCAAAUUAUUAGUAUGCAAAUUAUUAGGAAGACAUUACUUAUCAGGCUCAUUGGACUUUCUGAAGGCUCACUGUUUUGUAAAUGACAUCACACAGACUCCCACCGAUCUUCUGACAUGUCAGUAACAUGAUUUAUUUUAUGAAAGGCUCCUAUUCCUCAAAGGGGUCUUCCAUCCAUAUAAAGUGUUUUAUAAUGAACUCCAGAAGCUUACAAAAUAAAAAAGAAAGCAUAUUCACCUGUCCCGAUUCCACUACUAUUCCAACAGCGCUGGGUUUCUACUGCUCACUGCUUCCUCUGUUAUGUCCUUCUUAUAGUAAAUGCCUGCCCCGCCAGUCACUAGCCACAGCUAUGACCUGUCUUAGCCUAUGAUUGAGUGGGCAUUUCCUGCAGGAACAACAUAUCGGAGGAAGCAGGGAGCAGUGGGGGGCCCAGCGCCAUCAGAAUUGCAGCUGCAGGGAAUAAGGGCAGCUAAGUAUGCUUUUUUUAAGUCCUUUAUUAAAUAUUUUGUAUGGCCAUAAUAACCCAGUCCAUUUCAAGUUUGAUACAGAAAAAUAUAAGAAUAUUUGGGGGGAAAAAAUUAUUCCGUCAACUGUAAAUAAAUAAAUAAUCAAUAAACUUGCACUUACUGAAAAUAUAUCGAACAUAUCGCCGAACACUUAGUAGAAUCUAUAAAUGUUAUCCAGGUACAUAUCUACAUUGUCUAUUGUGACUAUCGUGCCCCAGUGAUCUCCUUUUUAUUUAUUUUUGUUUCUAAUUUGAGGCUUUUUUUUUAGUUAUUCAUUAAUAGGCAGGGUCUAAUAUCUUGCUAACCCUCAAUAUUUUAGUUUGUUCACAAUAACCUGCAUACAGUUUUUGUUCUUCUGUACUAAUAACACAUGGUCCUUUGUAUCUAUACUUUUUAGAUUUCUUUGAAUAAAUUGUGUAAUUUGCUCUAUUCGAUUCCAUUUUCUGCUAUUUUGUAUUAUGUCUAUGCAACCUACAGAUAGAUAUCACACUAUUGUUCCAUUUUGUAGUUUUACUCCGUUUCCUAUAUGGGGAAAGACACGGGA